AUGGCACAGAACGGAGCAACGAGUUUAUUUAUUGGAACUGGUGGGAUUUCUUUGGAAAAUGUUGCAUUGAUAUCAACAAGUGAUAAAUCUGAGUUUUUAUUGGAACCUAAGUUGAGGGAAAAUGAGGAGGAUCUGAAAAUAUUGGAGGAAAGUGAUUGUUGGACUGGUUGUGUUGAGGAAGUGACUCAAAAGGCUGAAGAAUUAAGUUUAAGUGAAGUUAGAGCAUUAAUGCUUACAAAAGCUGUGGGAAUGGCAAUGGAGGGAAACGGAACAUCCAAAAAAAUAAUGAUUUGGUUGCUUGAGCAGUUAAGAAACAGAAAUUUAAAUUCAGUUAAGGUAAAAUAUUUUAGCACAGAUGAAUUGACUUUAACAAAUUUAUUGCAAGAGUAUGUAAGGCUUUCAGGACUAAAAGUGUCCAAAAGCGAUGCAAAAGCCUUUACAAAAGGUUUUUCCGUGAAAGUAUCUCAGCUUGCACUUUAUUUGGGAAUUUCUUCUACCUUGAAAAGCUUUGGGGAAUGUACCUUGGCAAUUUUAGUAGAGGCAAUGUCUUUCCCAUUAUGCUUUUUAACUCAUUUAUCAUCAAUUUCUACUGGUGGUCUAGCUGAAACUACAAGAAACAUUAGGUGGCUUCUAGAAGAUUCAAAAAUUCAAAGAGAAAUUAGAUGGAAGAAUAAGGAUCUUGGAGUAAGGUUGUCUGAGAUUAUAUGUUCAUUGGGAACUCUUCAAAAUUCCAUUGAAAAUCUUACUAAAUGUAUUAAGGGAUUCUUCCUCAAAAGCGGUAAUAUAACUACAAGUACAAAAGGUAUCGAACAUUCUAUUGAUUAUAUUGAGAUUAUGCCAAUUUUAGAACCACUUAAAACGGUCAUUUCUUCGCUUUAUUACAUGGAGAGAUCCAGUCUUGAAUUUCUGGAUCUGCUAUUAAGGGAUACAAGCAAAGAAGAAAUCAUUUCUGUGAAUGAUUUUUCUAAAUUUGAUUUAAAUUCGGAAAUAUCAAUACAUGGGUUAAAUAUUGAGCAAAUAUUAAAAUCUGUAACUCCUUUAACUAUGGAAAAUUUGGGUUAUAUUAACUUAAAAAUAAAUGAAUUGAUUAAUAAUUCUUUAGACUUGUCUAAAGUAUUAAGAGUCUCCACAAUGGACGGUUUUAAAGACUUAAUUCAUGGAUUAAAAGAGUUAAUUAAUCAUAAUCUGGAAAUCUUUUCAAUCUUGUGUAUUUUAUCGUUACAAAAGCUUGCUGAUAAGAACUACCAACAGUAUAUAUCCAGUAUUGAAAAGGCCAAAAAGAAAGGUAAGAAUGAAGUUUCAAUAGCUUCUCACGAAUCAAAGAAUAUUCAUGAAUUUAGACAGCUUAUGAUUAGUGUAAUAACAGAAUCUAAUCUCCUUAAAAAAACCAAAAAUGAUGUUGAAAAUGGUAUCUACUCUCAAGUACUAGAACUUUUCCAAGAUGGACAAAUUUUUAGACUGGAUUCAAAAUUGAAAUCCAUUACAACUCCUCAGAACCAGUCUAUCAGACGUCCAAAAAUUCCAAAAGGAACACAAGAUGUUGCUCCUCAAAAGAUGGCAAUUAAGAAUCUAGUUUUUGGAGUUAUAAGACAAGUAUAUAGAGCUCACGGAGCAGUCGAAAUUGACACUCCAGUAUUUGAACUUAAAGACACCCUUUUAGGCAAAUAUGGAGAAGAUUCCAAGCUUAUUUAUGACUUAAAAGAUCAAGGUGGAGAACAGCUUUCACUUAGAUAUGACCUGACUGUCCCCUUGGCAAGAUAUAUUGCAACUUCUGGGCUUGACCACCUUAAAAGAUACCAAAUUGGAAAAGUAUAUAGAAGAGAUGAACCUCAAAUGGCGAGAGGAAGAUUUAGGGAAUUCUACCAAUGUGAUUUGGAUAUUGUUGGACAUUAUGAUUCAAUGGUUGCAGAUUCUGAAAUCAUUAAGAUUGCAACCCAAGUAUUAUCUUCCUUUUCUAAUUGGAUUGGACAAUUUAUAAUAAAGGUAAACCAUAGACAACUUUUGGAUGGUAUUCUUGAGAUUUCAGGAGUACCUAGUGAGAAAUUUAAAACAGCUUGCUCAUCUAUUGAUAAGCUUGAUAAGGAGCCAUGGGAUAGUGUUCGAAAUGAAAUGAUUAAUAUUAAAGGUAUAUCAGAAAGUUGUGUUGAUAAAAUCGGAUCAAUUAUUCAAUUAAAAGGAAAUCCUUUUAAUGUUAUUGAACAAAUCAAAUCAAAUAAAGAAAUGAUGUCAAAUGAAAACAUAAUUAAAGCAAUAGAUGACCUACAGACUCUCUUCAAAUAUACAGAAAAUUGCAGUAACUGUCUUAAUUAUCUUUCCUUUGAUCUUUCCCUUGCCCGUGGGUUAGACUACUAUACUGGGGUUAUCUAUGAAGCCGUAUUAAUCUCAAAUGACUUAAAUGUUGGUAGUAUAGCAGCUGGUGGAAGAUAUGAUCAGCUUAUUGGAAUGUUUUCACAAAAAAGUAUCCCUGCUGUAGGCUUUUCUGUAGGAGUGGAACGUAUAAUGAGCAUAAUUGAAAGGAAAUUUGAGAGUAGUAAUACUAUUAAUUACUCCUCAAAAGGAUCGUUUACGGAUAUACUCAUAUGUAAUGUUGGAGAUUCUUUGUUUGAAUAUAGAUUCAAAAUUGCAUCUUUAUUAUGGGACAAAAACAUUCCUUGUGAAAUUUCUUUGACAGGAAAUGGAAAACUUAGGAAACAACUUGAUUAUGCCUCAAAUAACCGCAUUCCAUAUUGUAUAAUUGUUGGAGAAAGCGAGGCCUUGAAAAAUACUGUCCAAUUCAAAUUCAUACAUAACAAUCAGACUGAGAGUAAUUCAACCUCCUCUUCUGUUUCCUCACAAGAAGUCCACCUUAACGAUCUCGUUAGCCAUAUACAAUCUGUGAUAUCAGAAUUUGGAUCAACUUACUCUAAAUUCUCGUCAGAAUUCGAGUUAUAA